AUGAAACUUUACAUCUUCUUGAGCAUAUGCCUAGUGUGCCUCACGGCUCCGCUCGUUGAUGAUGUUAAUGAAGUAAUGGAGGAGAAGGAAGAAAAAACUCUCACCAUGGAAUCACUUGAUAGCUAUUUGGAUAUGAUCAAAAUGUUCCGAGGAAUGCUACCUCAAGAUUUCAUGCAUACAAUUGACAACCUAAAUCUCACCGAAAAAGGCGAACUGUUGAGUUUUAUGACGGACUGGUACAAUGGAAGAAUCAAGAAGCCGGAAAACAAAGCAGAAAUUGUGGAACUACUUCAGGAGAAACUACCAACGGUAUAUGACAAGAUCCACUACCUGAAUACGACUUUUUACACGAAGUUCCAGAAAUUGAAGCCAGAGACCCAAGAUUUACUACGCUCGUGGCGAGACAAAGCGGUCUCAUUGGAAGGCGAUACCCCUGCUGAAUCGGUGGCGAAGAGGCUGCAGCUGCUCAGAGAUGUCGCUUUAUCCGUGCAAACGAUGAACAACGAAACCAAAGAAGAUAUACGGUCGCAGUUCCCAACAGCUGUGAACUUAACUGAAGGAUUCGGCUUCACCGUACUCACCACACUUGCAAUGAUCGCGCAGAAGCUCAUGGAAUCUUUCAGUGCGGUUGUUGGUGCCGUCACUGGUGCACCUCAGGAGUGCCCCAUACCCGCCAGCUGA